AGCAUCCUCCUUCGUCCAAAAAAAUAUCCACGUACAUGUGCGAUUCGUUGAUCUAGACCCUCGUACGCCCUCUGAGAGCACGCCCACGCCCCAUACUCUGUUGCCCUCGUUUCGCUGACCGGUGGCCUUGACGCUUGCUCGCUCGUCCGGGCUCCGCUGCAGCGCGACGUGUUCAAGCCCAGCUGUGCUCCCCGUAUCCAAGACCUCAAGCACACGAGCAUUCAUCACCGCCUUCACGCUUGCUGCUUUUGCGUCGGGCGUCCAAACUCUACUCUUCGAGGCCGCAAUUGCUUCCGCAUCGCACCAUUCAGUCGACGCAUGACAGGCCGAAGUCAACCCUCCUCUCUGUGUAUUUGCCCGCACCUCGCUCACCCGCACGCCUUGUCCAAGUCGGACAUCGCCUAAGUCAUCAUGUUCUGGCGAUUUGGCGCACACACAAGCAUCUCCACCAUUGAUUCGAUUCUAGACAAGCCAGAUGUCAGCCUCGAGGAGUUGCUGGAUGAACAGGAUCUGAUACAGGAGCUCAAGCAGCAAAAUUCAAAGCUGAUCGAGUUUCUGCGGGACGAUGCCAUUCUGCAGAGGUUGCUCGACUACGUGGUGGCAGAAAAAGUAGAGGAAGAGAGGCCGGCUACUCCAGACGUGGAGGAGGACCAGAGCAGCACAAAUCCCCUCAAUAGUUUCUUCGGCUCUAAGAAGAAUCGCAACCGCUCAAAAUCUACUGGCAAGUCUGACCAAGACGAGGAGAGCAAGGAAGAGAGACAACGACUGAAGUAUGCCUAUAUGGCUUGCGAAAUCCUCUCUUCCGACGUCUGGUCGAUAACGGAAGCCCUGUUGGAGAACAGAGAGGCGCUGCAAAAGUUUUGGGACUAUCUCAGGCAGAAGCCACCGCUGGACCCUGUCCAAGCCGGCUAUUUCAACAAGGUCAAUGAAUCGCUGUUUGACAAGAAGACGGAGGAGAUGCUGGAAAUUUUCAAGUCCAAAGAGAACGUUGUCCAGGAUAUGCUUCAACAUGUAGACUGCCCGACCAUCAUGGACCUCUUGCUUAAGAUCAUAAGUCUGGAGAGACAUGAGGGCGGGCAGGGCAUUGUCGACUGGCUGCAAGCACAUGACCUUAUCCCCUUGCUUUUGUCUAAUCUUUCACCCGACCGUGAAGCAGCGACGCAGACUUCUGCAGGAGACUUUUUAAAGGCUAUCAUCACUAUUUCCGCAAAUGCAACCGCUCAGGACCAGAACGUUAUUGGACCGAACGAAUUGACGAGGCAAUUGGUCUCUGAGCAAUGCGUCUCUCAGCUCAUCAGCAAUAUGCUUCACGGUGGGAACCCUCUCACCGUCGGCGUGGGCAUAGUGAUUGAAGUGAUUCGGAAAAAUAACUCAGACUAUGACAUGGACAAUCAAAUCGGGGAGAUUCCGAAGUCUUCAGACCCCAUCUAUCUUGGCACCCUGCUGCGACAAUUUGCACAGAAUGUGACUAACUUCAUGGACUUGAUCAACAAGGCGAGCAAAAAUAAGGAGCUCAAGGUCGCAUUUGGCGAGAAGAUCGAGCCACUUGGUUUCGACAGGUUUAAGACUUGUGAGCUAAUGGCCGAGCUUCUUCACUGUAGCAAUAUGGCAUUGUUGAAUGAGCGAGGUAGUGAAGCGGAGGUUAAGAAACGUGAUGCUGAGCGCGAACGACUCAAGGCAGAAGGUAAACUCCAGCCGGCCAAGGAGCUAUCUUCGGACGGAGAUGCAUUUGGCACGAGUGUUGAUAGCUCAGGAUUUCACCACGCACGCGCGCCGUCCAUGAGCAGCGACUCCCCAGAAGAAAUCCGGAGACUAGAGGUCUCAAACAACGGUGAGGAUGAAUUUGAGAACGUGACCGCAUCGGAGGCACUUGUGGACGAGAUGAAAGAAGAAUUGCUGGUGGAGAAGGACGCUUUUGGCGAGACACUGGAGCGAUCCCCUAAGCAAUCUCCCAGAAUGAUUCCAUCGGAGAAAUCGGAUGAUGCUGAUCUUGUGGUGGCUCCCUUAUCACCAAAGAAGAGCUCUACGCAUACCCGAACGCGAUCGACGGAUGAUAUCAAAGCUGACGCUCAAUCUAAAAUCAACGCUGAUUCGCCUACUUCGGCAGGUGUGACGGGGCUCUUGAGCUCUGUAGACCUCGACAAGGACACCGAGAUGCAAGAUUCUCCAUCAAGCGCUGAGAGGGGUGGACUGUCACCGCAUGCAGAUGACAAACCGGCACCUUUAUUUUCGGGAAAGAGGCCGGAAUCGCCAAGCAAGCUGGAGGCCGGAAGUCCUCUCAAAUUUGAACAUGCUCCUGAAUCUCCUUUCGCAGGUCCACCUCAGACUGAGGAUCCCGAACAGCAGUAUGCUCCAUAUGAAAUAGACAUAGACGGCUCUCCUGUAGUAGGCGAUAUGCUCAAGAUGAAAUUUGUUGAGCACCGUGUGGUCCCAACUAUAUUAGACUUCUUCUUCCGAUUUCCGUGGAACAAUUUUCUCCACAACGUUGUCUAUGAUGUUGUUCAGCAAGUUUUCAACGGCCGUAUGGACCGUGGCUUUAACCGUUCUCUCGCCAUAGACCUGUUUGAAACAGGCCGCAUCACGGAGCGAAUCAUAGAAGGCCAGAAGGCAAGCGACAAGGCGCAGCAGGACAUGAACAUGAGACUAGGAUACAUGGGCCACCUCACCCUUAUCGCCGAGGAGGUAGUCAAGUUCACGGAGCGGCACCCACCGGAAGUACUGGGCCAAGUCGUUUACGACAAAGUCAUGAGCAACGAGUGGGUGGAAUAUGUGGAGCAAACCUUGGCUGAGACUAGAGAACGAGACAACGCCAUCUUGGGAGGCGUGCGUCCGGACCUCUCUAUUCCUCCACGGCAAGCUGUACUCAACGCUGUAAAUGCUGCCCAGGACUUUGGCAAUGCGAGCACGGGAUCAUCCUCUCUUGCAGGAUUAUCAAAUGAUGGCAGCUUAGGCCUUGAUUCUGCAGAACUAUCCAACCAGGGUCAAGGAACAGGGGCACAGUAUUUAUUCAGCGGCAGCAGCCUGCUCAGCGGAUUCAACCAUGGCAGCAGUGACGAAGAGGACGAAGAGAUGGAGGGCGCGGAGAUGGGACUGGAAGGCGACGGGCCGAGCGGAAGAAAAGUGAUUGAUGAGGAUGAGAAUACUGAAGUCCCAUCCGGCAUAUCAAUUCCUCCGCUCAAUGUAGCGCCGUCUCGAGCACGCCGCCAAUUCGCUGCUCGCUUAGCGCAGAGAAGGGCCGAAGCUGAGGCCGCACAAGCUGCUCAAGAUGAAGACGAAGUGGAAGCGCCCGAGGUUCCUGAGUUACCAGAAGUGCCACCCCAGACGAUGGAUCCCCGAUCUGACGAUUCUGUUGACAAUGAUGAUGAUGUCGGCAUCGUCAUGCGUAAGACGGGCCGAAGAACACUGGCUGGACGACGACUAUUCAGUUUUGACGAAGACGACGACGACGAAGAGAACGACUCAUACAUUAGAAGGGAAUCGGAUGUCUUUGAGCGAUUGGGAAUCAAAGUGAACACGCCUGAGGGCAACGAGGACAAUAGCAGCGAGGAGAAUGGGGAUGCAACAACGAAGGGAAUGGAAAAGAAGGACGAUGACGAAUGAACGAAUAACUAUACCUGUACCAUAGCGCAGCUGGUGUCCAGACAUGAGAUGGCGUUAGAAAUUUACGUGUGGGCCGUGGGCGGAUUGGUGUACAGAAGCUGGAUACCACGGGCUUUGCAUUGCCCUUUCCGUAAUUUGUGCUUGCAUAAGAACAACUUAGACCAAAUUGAUUUCACCUCACCACCAGA